AGAACUGAGUUCUGUGUAUAAGACGUGAAAUUAUGGACAAUAACUCCGAUUCGUCCACUUCUGUGACCGAUGAGGAAGAGGAAGAAAAUGUAGUGAAGAAAGAGAUUGUCACUGAAUUGGCACCAAAAUGUUCGCCUAAAGAAUGUAAUGAUAAUGACAUGACUGAUGAGCCAAUAGUGGAAGAGAACUCAACGGUCUCUGUCUCUAAACAACAGUUCGAAGAGGACAAGAAGGCUGUCUAUAAGCACCCACUCUUCCCACUGUUGGCACUAUUGUUAGAGAAGUGCGAGACCGCGACCGCAACUCUCAACACACAGGCCAUCAGUUCAACCAAUUCUUCGUUCAACGCAGAGAUCUUAGCAUUCGUUGAACACCAACAGAGAGACGGCAAACCAUUCCUCAGCGACGAUCCAGAAGUGGACGCACUUAUGAUUAAAGCCAUACAAGUUCUUAGAAUCCAUUUAUUAGAAUUGGAAAAAGUGUCGGAAUUAUGUAAAGACUUUUGUCAACGAUAUAUCACUUGUUUGCGCACAAAAAUGAGUUCCGAGAACCUAUUGCGGGGCACCUCUUGUGUGGGCGCCAACUCUGACAACAAUUCCAGUGCC